UUUCCAAUUUAACGUGCUUCCAAACGCUGUGACGUCAGCCUGACUGUUUGCUCAGACCCAAGAUGGCGGCGGAGGUGAGCGGGCUGAGGAGCAGAACUCACUUCGAACCCAGCUGUAAAAGCACACGAAACGAGCAAGAUCCAAGCGGCAUCCAGGAUGUUCCCGUAAUACGACACAGUCACAGGGCUGCUGUUGCCAGACCUGAGGAUCUUGAUGACAACUUACUUUCGGGGAAGAUGGACUCCCACAGGGUCACGGGUGCUGGUUUUACCCCUUCACCUGAUGAGGGCAUUCAGGAAUUACAGGACGAGGAGAAUGAGAAGGCCCGGCCCGUGCAGAUCUUGCUGGCCAAUGAGGACGAGCACAGCUUUGAGCUAGACGCCGCUGCGCUGGAGAGGAUCCUGCUGCAGGAACAUGUACGGGACCUCAAUGUGGUGGUUGUGUCUGUGGCCGGCGCCUUCCGCAAGGGGAAGUCCUUUCUGCUGGACUUUAUGCUGCGCUUCAUGUACAAUCAGCAAAAUAGGCAGUGGAUCGGAGGGGAUGACGAGCCCUUGACUGGCUUUACCUGGAGAGGAGGCUGUGAGAGGGAGACCACAGGGAUUCAAGUUUGGAGCGAAGUUUUUGUGGUGGAUAAACCAGACGGCAGCCAGGUUGCCGUCCUACUCGUGGACACCCAGGGAGCCUUCGAUAGCCAGUCCACCAUCAAGGAUUGUGCUACAGUGUUUGCCCUUAGCACAAUGACCAGUUCUGUGCAGGUGUACAAUCUCUCGCAAAACAUUCAGGAAGAUGAUCUGCAGCAUCUUCAGCUGUUCACAGAGUAUGGACGGCUUGCAAUGGAAGAGAUCUACCUAAAACCUUUCCAGUCCCUCAUGUUCUUGAUUCGGGAUUGGAGUUUCCCUUAUGAGCAUGAAUACGGCCUGGAGGGAGGCAUCGCUUUCUUGGAGAAGCGGCUUCAGGUAAAACAGAACCAGCACGAGGAGCUGCAAAAUGUCCGUAAGCACAUCCACUCGUGCUUUUCCAACAUCGGCUGUUUCCUGCUGCCACACCCAGGCCUCAAGGUGUCCACCAACCCCUACUUUGACGGAAGGCUGAGAGACAUCGAUGGGGAUUUUAAGCGGGAGCUGUCACAGUUGGUGCCUCUGCUCCUGGCCCCCGAGCAACUUGUGGUGAAAGAGAUCGGUGGCAAUAAAGUCACAUGCCGAGAUCUUUUGGAGUACUUCAAGGCGUACAUCAAGAUAUAUCAAGGUGAAGAGCUGCCUCAUCCAAAGUCCAUGCUGCAGGCGACAGCUGAAGCCAACAAUCUGACUGCUGUAGCAGGAGCCAAAGACAUGUACAGCAAAAACAUGGAGCAGGUAUGCGGCGGCGACAAGCCAUACAUCGCCCCUGCCGACCUCGAACGCUGCCACGACGAGUUCCGCGAAACCUCCGUGCGCUACUUUCGCUCGGUGAAAAAAAUGGGCGGUGACGAGUUCUGCCAGCGGUACCAGAGCCAGCUCGAGGCCGAGCUGGACGAGACCUUCGGUAACUUCUGCAAACACAAUGACGGCAAGAACAUCUUCUACGCCGCGCGCACGCCCGCCACCCUCUUCGCCGUCAUGUUCGCCGCCUACGUGGUUUCGGGUGUGACCGGCUUCGUGGGCCUGAGCACUCUGGCGGCGCUGGCCAACCUGCUCAUGGGCGUAGCGCUCUUGUCGCUGUGCACCUGGGCGUACGUCAAGUACUCCGGGGAGUUCCGAGAGGUGGGAACCGUGAUAGACCUGGUGGCAGAGACGCUGUGGGAACAGGUUUUUUCCAAACUUUGCAAGCGCAUGACGAGGGGCGCGGCCUGGCCCGCUGCUCUGCUGGCGUUGGGAGCGCCAGCGUCAGGCACGGCGUCGCUUUCACCCCCCAACAACAACUACCGCCAAAGGAAGAGUCGCUAAGACCGCACAUUGUCGCGUCGACACUUUUAGCCGUUUCACGUUGUGCCAGGAGGCGUUGGGAUUCUGUGACCACGCCCACGACAGGAUCUCACGGUUGCUAUCGGUCUUCUUCUUCUGUGUUUUGUGAUUUGGAGACCUUAUCAGUUCAGUUGGAUUCAGUUUUUUACUCUGGGGGUAUUUUGUGCAUGCUCAAAGUGCACUUCCCUUUUGAAAAAUCUUAUUUUGCCCCUUUUAUCCCCCCCACCUUUUAAUUUUCAACUGAUUCUAAACCCCACUCAUGCGCAGGCACAUACAAACCAAUAUUGAGCAGGAGGGAGUAUUGCUUUGAUAGUCCAGUUUACAAAGAAUAGGAGCCAAAAAAAGUGUUGUGUCAAUGUUGUUUGUUGUGUUUUAAAUAAUACAAGCUUUUUAGAGGCAUUAAUUCUAUUAAAGAAUUCGUAUCAAAAAGUAUACAAACCACUGUAGCGCCGACACCAACACGGCGCUAAAAUGUAAUUGGUAUCUGCGAGUAUUAAGAAUGAUUGCUGCGUAGUAUCUACUUUUAGUGAUCCGUUUCCAACCGCGGCUCGUCUUACCCAAAAUCGUCGACCUUCCCAAAGACGAUGAUACAUGUCCAAUCAUGCAUCGUCCAGUCAUCCUGCCUGCUGUGAACUUAAAUGGGUUUAUCACCAGUAGACGUCCAAUCCAUUUGAAGUGGCAGAGUAGCAGUAAAUGAACGUUUGUUCACUUGGCAGACAAUAAGUUAAACAGUCUGGCCAAGCCAUGAUGGCAAUUAAUGCUGCAACGAUUAAUCGAUUAACUCGAGUAAUUGGAUUAGAAAAACGAUUGGAAUUAGAUUUUGCUGCUUCGAGUAUUCGUUUAAUUAAAGUGGCGUUGCAAUAGUUUGCUUUAAAAGAGUUUGUAUUUAGUUGUAUUGAUUUGGAUGGAUACACUGCCCUCUAGUGACAACAGUGAAUACAACAUUAAGUUCACAUGACUGAGUCGAGCUGCUCCCUGUUAAGACCAACAUAAGCUCAGUUUUUGUUAUAGCUAAUGUUUUUUUUUUUUUUUUUAAAGCAGUCGUAAUUUAGUUUAUAGGUAUAUUCAUCAGUUUUUUGUGGGAAUAUGUGUUGUGACCAUUUGUUAAGAACUUUGAAGAAACAAAAGUUGGCAUUUUAUAGCAUUUAAGGUAGUGGACUUUUGCUAAGUUAGCCAAUUGUUCUUUUGUUGUACUUGGAUCCUCUUUAAAAAAAAAAUUUUUUUUAAACCUUUUGAAGCUCACUCAACUCGGGUAUUUUCAUUUUUUAUGUUCCUUAUCCGAUUACUUAAUUAUUCGAACUAAUUAGUUCAUCGAUUAAUCUACAUCUGCAGCCCUAAUAGCAAUUUUACAUUCAAGUGAGUGCUUUAUUUUAAAAGCAAAAAAAAAAAAAAAGGGUCUUUCAAAAGUGGUAUUGGUACAGUAUCUGCAUCGGCUGAUACCAAAGAGUGUCGGGUGUCUGAAUCGGGAGCCAAACAAUGUUAUUGGUGCAACACUCCUACACACAUUAACUGUUUAGUAUGCAGGUGUAGGUUCAAAAUUUUAUAUUACAGUGUAUGCAUAUUCACACUUUUAUUUGUUGAAACUUUUUGUUGUCCUUUUAGAAUAUUAAUGCCGUGCCUGUGGGUAUGCCGUGUCACCGCUUGCUCACUGUGUGCCUUCCCAC